GUUUCCACGUAGCUCAUACGUAAAUCACCAUGACAUGACAAAUCUUGAAUCGUGUCAAGUAGCAUUAAUAAUAUAAUUAGUUUACAAAAAAAGUUAAUAAUAUAAAGUAUAUUCCAAGGGCAUUGUAGACAGUUCAAAUUCAGAUCAUAAACACUAUAUAAGGGCUACAACACCUCAACAGAUUUAAUCAACCACACAACUCUUAAUCUCUCAGUUCCUCUUUCUGACAGCUGAAAAUGACAGAAGUUCCCUCGUACAUGAUUCACAACCCUAAAUUUGAACCUUACAAGCCCAAAAAACGAUAUUCUUAUUCUUCUUCUUCGUUGCUCUCGAUCCUCCUAUCGAUCUUCACUUACGUCUUGAUCUUUUACGUUUUCGAAGUAUCUCCAUCGUCUAUCUUCAAAGACACAAAGGUUUUGUUCUUCAUCUCCAACACUCUCAUCUUCAUCAUCGCCGCUGAUUAUGGCGCUUUCACUUGUAAGGAGAAGCCCGACUUCUACGGUGAAUAUACCAUGGCGGCGGCAGCGAUGAGAAGCCGUGCAGAUCAUAACUAUUCUCCAGUUCCUGACUUCACAUACGGAGAAAACGCUAGACAUGAUAAAAACUCUGGCGGCAGAGAAAAAAUCAAGAUCCCUAAAGAUGUCGUGGAGUAUAAGGAAGAAGAACCGGUGGUAAAAGAGAUAGUCAGUGUUUCUUCGCCUCCUGAGAAAAUAGUACGGGAGGUGAGUGAGGAGAAGCCGAGAGACGUUGUGGCUAUCAAGAAAUACAAACCGUUUAGUGAGCAAACAGUUGAAGCUUGCCACACAAGAAACCAUGUGUACCGUAGAUCUUACGAACGAACUAAAUCAGAUAAAGCACGGGUGAAGACAGCCAAAAGUAAAAACUAUCGUCGAAGCGAAUCGGUUAGCUCGAAAUGGAUGGUUGUUCCAGAGAAAUGGGAGAACGUUGAAGAAGAAUCUGAAGAGUUCUCAAAGAUGUCGAACGAGGAGUUGAACAAGAGAGUCGAAGAAUUCAUACAAAAGUUCAAUAAACAGAUGAGAUUACAGUCACGAGUUUCGUCUACAUGAUCUGAAUUGCCCAUAGCAUAUAAAGUUAGUAAGAACUCUUGUUUUAUUUUGUUGUUAAGAGUUCUUUGUUUUUGGUUAAUACUUCGUGAUCGGAUGACGUUUUUGGCAGUCGUCGGUAUAAACUAAUAAUAUAAGACAUGAAAGCAUAAUAGUUACUGAUACAAACUACAUGUAACUAUAAUAGCUUAUUCUCUAUGAAACAUUUGUAAUAUCGGUUAAACUAUGUUACAUGUGUCUAUAUUUAUAGGGAGAAUUAUAUUUAUUUAUCUUG